GAGAGGCCCUCCGAGAGAGUCACCCAGAAUCUUUCGGGGGAGCCCAGUGAACGUGGACAUGGGGCCUGGCACCGGAGCUGUCCUCAACAUGCUACUCCUGUUAGCCACUCAAAACUGGAACAGGGUCAUAGCUGGGAAUUCCUACGAUUGUGGUGAACCUCUCGUGUCUUCCUUAUCUCAGGCAUCAUUCAGCAGUUCAUCUGAGCUUUCCAGCAGCCAUGGUCCUGGAUUUGCAAGGCUUAAUCGAAGAGAUGGAGCUGGUGGCUGGUCUCCACUUGUGUCGAACAAAUACCAGUGGUUGCAGAUAGACCUUGGGGAGAGAAUGGAGGUCGCCGCUGUGGCCACCCAAGGCGGAUAUGGGAGUUCCGACUGGGUGACCAGCUACCUGCUGAUGUCCAGUGACAGUGGCAGGAACUGGAAGCAAUAUCGACAAGAGGACAGCAUCUGGGGUUUUCCAGGGAAUGCAAAUGCAGACAGUGUUGUGUACUACAGACUCCAGCCUUCUAUCAAAGCCAGAUUUCUGCGCUUCAUCCCUUUAGAAUGGAACCCCAAGGGCAGAAUCGGAAUGCGGAUAGAGGCAUUCGGAUGUGCAUAUAGAUCAGAGGUGGUAGAUUUUGAUGGAAGAAGUUCCCUUCUCUACAGAUUUGAUAAAAAAUCCCUGAGCCCAAUAAAAGAUACUAUUUCUUUGAAAUUCAAAACUCUGCAGAGUGAUGGGAUUAUACUCCAUGGGGAAGGGCAAAAUGGAGAUCACAUUACACUGGAAUUAAGAAGAGGAAAACUUUUUUUACUUAUUAAUUCAGGUGAAGCUAAACUGCCCUCUACUCGCGCCCCGGUCAGUCUCACCCUGGGCAGCCUCCUGGACGAUCAACACUGGCAUUCUGUGCUCCUCCAGCGCCUGGGCAGGCAGGUCAACUUCACAGUGGAUGAGCAUAGGCACCAUUUCCAUGCCCAGGGCGAGUUCCGUUACCCGGAUCUUGACUAUGAGAUCAGCUUUGGAGGGAUUCCAGCACAUGGAAAACCAAUGUCAUUUCCCCAUAAAAAUUUUCAUGGGUGUUUAGAAAAUCUCUAUUAUAAUGGAGUGGAUAUCAUUGAUUUGGCCAAGCAACAGAGUCCACAGAUCACUGCUAUGGGAAAUGUGUCAUUUUCCUGUUCACAGUCACAAUCUGUGCCUGUGACUUUUCUCAGCCCCAGGAGUUACUUAGCGCUGCCAGCCUCUUCUGGCGAGGACGAGGUUUCUUCUAGUUUUCAAUUUCGAACCUGGAAUAAGGCAGGCCUUCUGCUGUUCAGUGAACUUCAGCUGGCUUCGGGUCUCCUCCUCUUUCUUAAAGAUGGAAAACUUAAGCUGACUCUCUAUCAGCCGGGAAAGUUGCCCAGUGACAUCACAGCAGGUGUUGGAUUAAGUGACGGGCAGUGGCAUUCCGUCUCCUUAUCUGCCAAAAGGAAUCACCUGAGCGUGGUGGUGGACGGUCACAUGGUCUCUGCCGCUCCUUCCCUGGGGCCUGAGCAGAUUUUUUCAGGUGGCACCUAUUAUUUUGGAGGUUGUCCUGACAAGAGCAUUGGAUCUAAAUGUAAAAACCCAUUUGGUGGGUUUCAGGGAUGUAUGAGACUCAUAUCUACUAGUAACAAGGAGGUCGAUCUGAUUUCAGUUCAGCACGGGUCUGUUGGAAACUUCAGUGACCUUCAGAUAGACUCAUGUGGGAUCACAGACAGGUGUUCGCCCAACUAUUGUGAACACGGCGGGGGCUGCUCCCAGUCCUGGAACACCUUUCACUGCAAUUGUGCCAACACUGGUUACAGGGGAGCGACUUGCCACAACUCUAUCUAUGAGCAGUCCUGUGAAGCCUAUAAGCAUAGAGGAAAUACUUCAGGGUUUUACUAUAUAGAUUCAGAUGGAAGUGGUCCCCUGGAACCAUUUCUCCUUUAUUGCAACAUGACUGAAACUGCGUGGACCAUCAUACAGCACAAUGGUUCUGACUUAACAAGAGUCAGAAAUACUCACCCAGAGAACCCAUAUGCUGGGGUUUUCAAGUAUGUGGCCAGCAUGGGGCAACUCCAGGCCACGAUUAGCCGCGCGGAGCACUGUGAACAGGAGCUUACCUACUACUGCAAGAAGUCACGGCUUGUGGAUAAGCAAGAUGGAACCCCUCUGAGCUGGUGGGUUGGAGGAACCAAUGAAACGCAGACGUAUUGGGGAGGUUCUUUGCCUGAGCCCCAAAAAUGUACUUGUGGAUUAGAGGGGAACUGCAUCGAUUCUCAGUAUCACUGCAACUGUGACGCUGACCGGAAUGAAUGGACCAAUGACACCGGAUUCCUUUCUUACAAAGAACAUCUGCCAGUGACUAAGAUAGUGAUUACAGACACAGGCCGACCGCACUCAGAAGCAGCUUAUAAACUGGGGCCUCUACUCUGCCGGGGAGACAGGCCAUUUUGGAAUUCAGCUUCCUUCGACACUGAGGCGUCAUACCUUCAUUUUCCUACUUUCCACGGAGAGCUUAGUGCAGAUGUGUCUUUCUUUUUUAAGACAACAGCUUCUUCUGGGGUGUUUUUAGAGAACCUGGGGAUUACCGAUUUUAUACGGAUAGAGCUACUCUCUCCAGCAGUGGUGACCUUUUCAUUUGACGUGGGGAAUGGGCCUUUUGAAAUCUCAGUGCAGUCACCUGCUCACUUCAAUGACAAUCAGUGGCACCAUGUUCGAGUCGAAAGGAACAUGAAAGAGGCAUCAAUUCAAGUGGACCAGCUCCCACCAAAGAUACAACCCGCUCCAGCUGAUGGGCAUGUCCUUUUACAGCUGAACAGUCAGCUCUUUGUGGGUGGGACGGCCACCAGACAGAGGGGCUUCCUGGGAUGCAUCCGGUCUCUGCAGCUGAAUGGACUGGCCCUGGACCUGGAAGAGAGAGCCACGGUGACCCCCGGUGUGGAGCCGGGCUGUCGGGGGCAUUGCAGCAGCUACGGGGGUUUGUGUCGUAAUGGAGGGAAGUGCAGAGAAAGGCCCGCUGGGUUCUCUUGUGACUGCACCUUCUCCGCAUAUACAGGGCCGUUCUGCUCCAAUGAGAUUUCCGCAUAUUUUGGAUCUGGCUCAUCUGUGGUUUACAAUUUUCAAGAAAAUUAUUCGUUAAGUAAAAAUUCCAGCUCCCACGCCGCUUCAUUUCAUGGGGAUAUGAAGCUGAGCAGAGAAAUGGUCACAUUUAGCUUCCGAACCACCCGAACACCAAGCUUACUGCUAUACGUGAGCUCCUUUUAUAAAGAAUACCUUUCAGUUAUCAUUGCCAAAAAUGGAAGUUUGCAGAUUAGGUACAAGCUAAAUAGACAUCAAGAACCUGAUGUUGUUAACUUUGAUUUCAAAAACAUGGCUGAUGGGCACCUUCACCACGUAAAGAUUAACAGAGAAGAAGGAGUGGUCUUUGUAGAGGUUGACGAGAAUGCAGAGAGUCAAGUCCACCUGUCAUCGGGUACAGAAUUCAGUGCAAUCAAAUCUCUGGUGCUGGGCAGGAUUUUAGAACCCAGUGAUGUAGACCCGGAAACAGCGCUGGCCGGUGCUCAGGGCUUCCUGGGCUGUCUGUCUGCUGUGCAGCUCAGCCACGUGGCCCCCCUCAAGGCUGCUCUGCACCCCAGCCACCCAGCCCCCAUCACUGUCUCUGGACAUGUGACAGAGUCCAGCUGCGUAGCCCAGGCUGGCACUGACGCCACAUCGAGGGAAAGGACACACUCGUUUGCAGAUCAUUCUGGAACAAGAGAUGACAGAGAACCCCUAGCUAACGCAAUCAAAAAUGACUCUGCAGUAAUUGGAGGUUUGAUAGCUGUUGUGAUCUUUAUCUUGCUGUGCAUCACUGCCAUAGCUGUUCGCAUUUAUCAGCAGAAAAGGUUAUACAAAAGAAAUGAAGCAGAAAGGUCAGAGAACGUAGACAGUGCUGAGGCUGUGUUGAAAAGCCAGCUUAAUACACAAAAUGCUGUCAAUGAAAAUCAGAAAGAGUUCUUCUUCUGAUUGGUGGCUGUGAUUUAAUUUACAAUUCUAACAGUCUGUUUUAAAAGCCAGGGGCUCUCACCGGACACAAAAAUGUUCUCACACUGAAUGUACAGGCAAUGGAUUUGCAGCACUGCCAUCUUGCCAUAUCCAGACUUGAGGUGGCUCCAGGAGGCCUCAUCCAGUGACGUGUUUCCCAUAGAAGUCACCCUAUAUAACGAGGAAUUAGAAUUGCUGUUAAUUUCCUACUGUUCUGAUAUGAUCGAAAACGGAAGUUUAACUGACUUGAUGACUGCAGUUUUUAAACGUGAAAACUGUAGCCCUGGUCUCUCAACCAUGUGAUACCUAAUUUUGUUGGAGGUCACCAUCAAAAUCGGACUAUAAUGACCUUGCUUUAUUUGAGAACAUUUGCUGUGUUUGCUUUAGUGUUCCCGUGGUGUUCCGCACAGACCUGGCAAUGCUUCCGCGAUCCUGUUUGGCUGGUGUUUGCAUCUUCAGUGGCCAAAAGCAUACAAACCCCUUUGCCUUUCUCCGUAUUACAUUCGAUAUGGUUUAUCAGUAGUCUUGAAACAUGUUUUGUUGUCAUUGUUUUGUUUGUAUUGCUCUUUUUUGUAGUUGGCUUUUCUCAAUGGUUUUGAAUCUGUUGGGUUUUGAGUGUCAGACUUCAUCUCUGAACAUAAAAAUUCAUGGGUAAUGAGACUCAGAAAGUGCAUUGGUUGUCAGCGUGUGAAGUCUUGCCUUUUAAAAAUUUUCUCUUUAAUUUGCUAUCAUUGUUUGGUAGUGGCAACAGUUAAGAUCCUGGGGAAGGCCAAUUUCCCAAAGAAUGGGAGAGGUUUGCACCUAAACUUGUGGAUACAAAAAAAAAAAAACACAAUUCUUAACACUGCAAGAAAAUUUUAUUUACAACUGUAAUAUCUCGAAUGAAAUAUACUUCUGAGAUUAUUUUCCCCAAAACUUAUGUCAGUUUUCUUUACAGGUUUAUAGUUCUGUUUUUCCAAAGUUUAUCACCAACUUUUCUUUGAUCUCCCUUGACUAUAUUCUGUGGAACAUGUUCUUUAUGUAUUAGAAAAAAGGGACAGUUUGAAGUGUAGAGCUCCAUUCCCCAUCCUAAAAUAUAUACCCCUUUAGGCACACAUUCUGCAGUGCACUGAUGUCUAGGAUAUACUUUUUGAAAUAUAAGCUGCAACCAUGCCCCCUUUCUACAAACCAGUGGAGUGAUUAAAGGUGAUCUCUCUAAGGGGUGAUGAUAUUACAUGAUCUAUAUUAAGUCUGCCAUUCUAGUCACUUCUCAUUUACAAUGAUGGGGUAAAUUUUUCAAAAAGUACCAAAAAUCAAUAUAACCUACAAACUAGUGCAUUCUAGUCAGUGUGUGUCUGUGUGUAAAUAUAUAUAUGUGUGUGUAUAUAUAUAUAUAUAUAUAUACACCAGGAGAUUAAAGAAUUAUCAAUAACCUUAUGAAACUAUUGCCAUAAUUAAUUCUGAGGCAAGGUUAUCAAGAUACUUGCAUGUAGUUAUCCUUAAAUUCCAUAAGCCAAUUAUAUAAUAAAUGCACUUUGUCAUUUCUACUCAUACUGUCCAGGUACCUGCCAAGGAAAAAUUGGAUUCCUUAGUUUUUCCACAUCAGAACUAUUUGGAAAUAUGUAAAUUAAGCAUCUUAUUUGCUGUCUUUUUGUUCUUAGCUCUCCUUACAAAAGCUGCCUGUCUUUAUAUUAUAUAGCACUGGAUCCAUUUUUAUAUUUCUGUAAAUGCCUGAUUAAAUCUUAAGGACAUGAACUAACACAGUAGCUUACGAAGGGACCUAUGUUGAUAAAUGGCUUUUUUUUUUUUUAACUGAAAGACUUGUAGUGGCUAGCAAAGGAUGUAACACAGAAAUGGUAGUUUUUAUUUGAUGCCAAGCUGAACACAAACAUCAUAACAGCCCUGAAUCUUUUACAAGUGCUCAUGUUAUUUAGGAGCAGCAUUAAGCUGGGCGGGAAGGUAGACAGGUUAUAUAGAUGGUGAAGCCUCACUGUAUACUGUGGUCUGCUCUGCUAGAAAUUCCAUUAUGGCAUCAAAAUGCAUUGAUACAUCAUAUGCCAUGAUUUUCAUUUCCUGAUUUGUAAUCUGUUCUUUCUUUUUUCUUAAUAAAAUGCAUUUUUGAAGUAAAAUGCAGAAUAUAUUUUAAGAGACUUGUAUAAAAGUUUAAAAUGAGGGAAUUAUACUGAAUUUUCAUUUUCUUAAAACAGUAAAAGGAUGUGUAGAUG